AUGAUGUAUUCCAAGGUCAUCACCGUCUUCCUCGCCCUUAUGGGCUCUGUCGCCCCUGGCAUUACUGCCGUUGGGCCUCUCGCCCAGGAGGUUCGCACUGAGACCAAUGAACCCCAGGUGGUUGGAACUGCUAUUUCCGACGGUCACACGGUCUACUCUGUCAACCAGUGCACGAUGUUCUAUACCACUGCAUGCGACAUCUCGAUCUCCUACGGCCCCCCCGUCUCUACUGAGACAUCUACCUCCUCUGUCGUUCUCUCUUCCACAGAGAACUACCCUGUUCCCACUUCCAACGUUGUCGAGUCAUCCGUCGCCACUGGUAGCGAGUCCACCCCCUCUACCACCGCUGCCUCAGUCUCAACCUACCCAGUCUACACCGGCUCUGAGACGGGCAGCUAUGUCACCGGUAGUGGCACUUCCACUGCCACCGCCGAGACUGGCACUCCCACCGCGGGUGGCGCCUUUCAUGGCAUCUGCCAGGCCGCUCCCAUCGGAGCAGCCGUCGUGGCUGCCGUUUUCCUCGUCUAG